AUGGUGUGUUCAUCAUUACAGUACGAAAUAGAGAACAUCACUAAGAACAUCACUACAUACGUGUCAGAAACGUGUCUGAAAAGCUCUCGAUGUCACUCAGAGGAAGUCGCAUCGAUUAUCAUCAUCGCAUACGUCGUAAUUUUCGUUGUCGGCGUUAUCGGGAACGUCUGCGUCUGCGCGGUCAUCUGCAGCAACGAGUACAUGCAUACGCAGACCAACUUUUACCUCGCCAGUCUUGCUGUUUCUGAUUUACUUCUCUUAAUCACAGGUCUUCCAUUGGAUCUCACUAUGUUGCGCUUCCAUACUUAUCAUUUGUGCUGUUACAGUGGAGAGAUGGUUGGCUUUGCGAUCUCAGAUGACAACGAAACCAUCCGAGGCACGGACUUCUGUGAAUGGGAUAAUUCGAACAAAGGCCUUCAAUAUCACUGCACCUGCGUCGGUUUUGUCAUCUUCUACUUGAUACCACUGAUUUUGGUUGCUGGAAUGUAUUCUGAUAUCGCCAAAAGAAUAGCCUCUCCAGAUUUGAUCAAGAAUGAACAUUGUAAAAAUGAACAAACAAAGGCUUCUAGAAAUGUAUUCAAAAUGCUAGUAUCCAUAACUGUUUGUUUUUUCGUAUUCUGGCUACCAUUUCACAUGCAGCGGUUACUUUCACUUAUACUGAAAUAUCAUGGAGGAGAGGAGAAUCCAAGCAUAAAAACCGUACACUAUAUCUUUCACAGCAUAUCAGGUUGCUGCUUCUAUUUGAAUUGUGCAGCUAAUCCCUUUUUGUUCAACGUGUUUUCAAAUAGCUUUCGCAAAGCCUCUGUAUUUACGGGUAAGAGAUUAGCAAAGAAAAUUCAAUCAGUUUGGUGAAUCAAUUCAUGUUUCCUUAUUGUUACGCAUGCCUUUAUCAUGUUGCCAUCGUGUUCUUGUAAAGUUUUUGGUUUGCCGUUC